UAAAAACAAAGUGCUAAUCAAUAAUCAUCAACAUCAUUUUCAAAGAAACCACCCGGUGGAACGUGGCCAAACGGACUCUCACAUUUUCUCAUUCUUCGACAAUUAAAAAUCCUUGGACCACCUUUCGAAAAAGACAAAUCAUAUAGCUGUGAUUGUCUGGUGUAGAAAUGGCAAUGAAAGUCAAUCUCACUCUCUCUCUUGAGUAGACAUCUAGAGCACGUGAAGCUAUCGAAUUGUUUAGUACAUCUGCAACUACUGCCAUUGCAGGAGCAGACAAUUCCCUCCACUGCGUUGACUCUAGCGUCGCAGCGAAGGGCUCUCUCGCGGCCGGUCUGGUGAAGGACAAUCUGCGUAGGGGCUGUCUUUCUUUCAAGUCGGUGACCAGAUUUCCAAGAUAUGUGCUGCGUUGAUACCGCCAUUGCCCAGAUCAGAUCUUCUUCUCCAACUUCUGUGCAAAUCGACCAAAUCUUGGUCUCUUUUCAUGGCACAAAGUUGCUGCCAUCUUUUCUGAACCACUUGGAAGUAGAUAAAGAGCUGUUUGGAGACUGGCUCAUUUGAAGACAGUUGACAGGAUAAAUACCAAGACAAAACUAAAGGCGAGGUAUGAGGAUGAUGACAUUUCCAAGGCGUUACUUGAUUGUCAUUUUAACCUUCAUCAGCACAUCUGUUUGCUAUAUAGAACGUGUGGGAUUCUCUAUUGCAUAUACGGCUGCGGCUGAUGCUGCUAGGGUAAAUCAAUCAACUAAAGGAACAAUACUUUCUACUUUCUACUGUGGAUAUGCCUGUUCACAGGUUCCUGGAGGAUGGGUAGCUCAGAAAAUUGGGGGAAGGAAGGUCCUCCUUGUUUCUUUUGUAUUAUGGUCAUUGACUUGUGCAUUAGUCCCACUAGAUCCUAAUCGAGUUGUAGUUUUAGUGAUUGCCCGCUUCCUAGUUGGUGUGGCACAAGGCUUCAUCUUCCCCUCUAUCCACACAGUUUUAGCACAGUGGGUUCCACCCCAUGAAAGAUCUAGAUCAGUUUCUCUAACAAUGUCUGGGAUGUACCUUGGUGCGGCUGCAGGAAUGCUUUUCCUUCCGAGCCUGGUUAAGUAUAGAGGGCCCCAAUCUGUAUUUCUUGCUGAGGCAGCAUUAGGUGCCAUGUGGUGUGUUCUGUGGUUCAAUUAUGCUAGUGAUCCUCCUCGGUCUGAACAUCCAAAAGCCACUGCUGCUGGUUUUGGUGAAUCUUUGCUGCCAACCAAAGGAAAUCAGAAAAUGAAAGUGGAGAAUGGAGGAUUUUCUGCCAAAAGUGCCAACAUCCCAUGGAAGAAAAUUUUAUACAGCUUGCCGGUUUGGGCAAUUGUGGUAAACAAUUUCACCUUUCAUUAUGCUUUGUAUGUGUUGAUGAACUGGCUACCCACAUACUUUGAACAAGGCCUGCAGCUUAGCCUUCAGGAGAUGGGGUCAUCUAAAAUGAUGCCUUAUUUCAACAUGUUUAUAUUUUCAAAUAUUGGUGGGGUGAUUGCUGACCACUUAAUCAUUAAGAGAAUCUUGUCGGUGACCAAUAUCCGGAAGUUAUUAAACACUGUAGGAUUCUUAGUUGCUUCUCUUGCAUUGAUGGCAAUUCCUGUCUUCAGAACUUCAGGUGGGGCUGUCUUCUGUUCUUCUAUGGCUCUUGGUUUCUUGGCUCUAGGAAGAGCCGGGUUUGCAGUGAACCAUAUGGAUAUUGCUCCUAGAUAUGCAGGGAUUGUGAUGGGAGUUUCUAAUACUGCUGGUACGUUUGCUGGCAUUAUUGGAGUUGAUCUCACUGGGAGGCUUCUUGAAGCUGCAAAAACUGCUAAUUCAGAUCUAUCAAGUCCAGAAUGCUGGAGAACAGUGUUUUAUAUACCAGGGUUGCUCUGCAUCUUUAGUUCUGUGGUGUUUUUAGUGUUUUCAACCGGGGAGAGAAUUUUUGAUUGAGUUAACUUUGUUCCAUUUAAAGGUCGUCAAGAGUCGGUUUACAUAUCUUUGCUGAUGUGCCUUCUGGAGCUUGUUCAGCAUAUCAUUCUUUCAAGGAAGGGCAUAUGAGGAUCAACAGCCCAUAAAAGAAUUUAAAUGGUAGUAGCUAGCCUUAGCAUAGCUAGCUACUGAAAUAUAUUCUUUAAUUUGCCAAUUUGAAGAAUCUGUAACUCGUUUGUUUUAUUGAAUCACCAUGCCAUAAUCGAGCAGUUUUUAUCUGGCUCAGGAAACAUUGCAUAUUUGUGACAUGUUCAGCUGUAUUUGAUUGAAUACACAGAAAACAAAGGCACCAGACCGUAUGAUGUGGGUUUGUUGCUUGUAUGGUUCGUAUAUCUUUCUUUUUACCUUGCUGAUUUCUGGCUUUCUAAUAUCUAGACAUCACAGUUUGUUGAA